GGCUUCUGGUUGAUAACACUGGCCUUUAGUGUACCAACAGGAGUCUACAUGGCGUUUGGGUCAGUACUGGACGUGGUUCUGAACGGUGUCGAUGUAACACAGGACCAUGCUGGUUGGAUUGGCUUUUAUGCCACGAUGGGCGGUUGUGUAGCGGCCCUGCUCUUGUCCAGGGUCGCUGACAUAUUUCUGCGUCACAUGAAGACGAUGUUGUUGGUCCUAUUUGUCUUAGCAACAGCUGCUACACUCUGGUUUGUCCUGAUCCGUCUGUCCGUCAUCCCCUUUAGUAUGGUGUCGCUGUACCUAUCCACCAUCUUGAUGGGAGUUUUCAUCAAUGCUUCUAUACCUCUGUUCUACGAGCUUGGGUGUGAGGCGUCAUAUCCAAUUGCUGAGGGAGUGACGGUCGGUGUUCUCACCAUGGCCAACAACCUGACUGGUGUCGUCUUUCUAUCUGUGAUGCAGAUCCCGAGAAUAGGUGUUGGGUGGAUGAACUGGGCCACCCUGGGCUCUGUAGCGGUUGCAGUACCCCUACUUCUGUUGUUCACAGAGAACUACACCCGGACCGACAUCGACACACAGGAGAGCAUUGUUCCAGAGCCUCAUAAAUGUGCUGCAGCGUCGAUUAAUGCCAACACUAAAGUUGAUUGAUAGGAAACGUAACUCGUUCUGGGAGUGAAUUUUAAUACACUUUGAGCUGCUAGUGAUUGGUGAAUCGAUGGCUUACAAUUUCACAAUGUACACCUAUUGUGCUGGUAUUACUGUGGAUGUGGUUAAAGAGGAUUAUCAGUACCUAGUAAUAGAGAAAUAUUCUGACACUAAAAAUGAUUUCAAAUUUCUUCUGCGCGAACUGGACUGAAGAGUCCCUUCAACCUCAUUUCAUCGCACACCAGAGCACCAUAUCUAGUUUAUUCAUCACAUUAUUAACCGCCAGAGGGAGUUGGUUCAAAGGCGCAACACCACCCACAGCUCUUGUCACUGUUGACUUCAAAUCAGUGUCUUGCCAUGGCCUUCAGUAUUUCCGGAUUUCCAGAGCACCUGUAGGAUGGGCUAGAUGGAAGUACAUUUCACUUUCAAAAUACGCCACAGACACUUUCUAGACAAAUGGAGAAUUCAACAGGACAAAAUCCGUAGACCUAUUCGGCAAGUGCCAAGAAGGUGUAACGCAGUGAUACCAGCCAGUGGUGUUUACUCUUGGCAGUGACGGGACGACCCCUCGUGGACGAACGUGUGAUGGGACAAUCAGUAUUGCCAUUAUAUUUCCAGAGCAUGUGACUGUCACCAUGCUAGGUUUUAUCCUCAAAUUAAAUUAAAUAUGCACAUUUUAUUUUAUCUUAUCUCACGCAUAAAUGUCGCUUUCUAAUUGGCUGAGCGCUCUUCUAUUAUUUCCAAUGUACCCCGCUUACAAGCGAGUAA